AUGAGCGACGUCGUUUGGAGGCCUGGGGAUCAGAAACCACGACCACCCCUGCUAGGAGGUGACGUGUACAGACCAGAUAUACUACAAAUCAUCGAGAAGACCAUCGACGAGCUCAGUCCAGCGCUCAGGGGACUCAGUCUGGAUAUUCUUGCGCACCCAGAACUGAAGUUCGAAGAAAGGCACGCUCACGAUGUCUACACUGCGUUCGUAGAGAAGCAAGGCUUUGUGGUUCAAAGACAUUACCUGCUAGAAACGGCUUGGGUUGCAACGUUUUCACACGGGCAAGGUGGUCCUGUUCUUGGUGUAAACUCUGAAGUGGACGCUCUUCCUGGGAUCGGACACGCAUGUGGGCACAACCUCAUUGGCAUCGCUGGUGUGGCCAUUGCUUGUGCUGCGAAAGCCGCGAUGGAGAAACUGGGGAUCGAUGGGAAAGUCAUUUUGCUGGGGACACCUGGGGAGGAGGGAGGAUUCGGUAAAGUCAAGCUCUGGGAGAAGGGGGCAUAUGAAGAAAUGGAUGUCUGUCUCAUGUGCCAUCCAGCUCCAGGUCCACCAUACUCUGUCAGUUUGAGUGGCUGCUUGGCCAUGGUCCAGCUGCAGGUUGACUUCGUUGGACACACUGCACACGCAGGUUUGAGCCCCUGGGAGGGUCAGAACGCACUGGAUGCCGCUGUCCUUUCCUAUACUAGCAUCGGGCUUCUCCGCCAGCAGACGAAACCAACACAUCGGAUUCAUGGCAUUUUUGAAGGGAAGGACUGGGCACCUAAUAUCAUCCCCGACAACUCUAGGAUGUAUUGGUUUGUACGCGCACCGACCACAAAAGAGGCUUUCCAGACUACGGAGCGAGUCAAAGCAUGCUUUGAGUCUGCAGCUGUUGCUACCAGAUGCAAGGUGACAGUUACUGAGCUGUCUUUCGGAAAUGAGCUGGUCCAAAAUCCAGUCCUCGGCACCAUUAUUUCAGGCGCAGAACUCAAAGAUGUUGUUUCCAAAAAAUACGGGAUGAUCGACUAUGAGUGGGGUAUUGCGAGCGCUUCAACAGAUUUCGUCAUGAUGCCUGGCCUUCACCCCGGGUUCUCUAUACCGACCGUACCAAAUGGAGGGAAUCAUACGUCGGCAUUCACGGAAGCCGCCAGCACCAUCCAGGCCCACGAGGCGUGUCUCGACGUGUCGAAAGCGCUAGCUGCCGUUGGUAUGCGCGUAUUAACAGACGAAACGUUCCUAUCGAAUGUCAAAUCGGCAUUCGAGGAAGCCAAAAGGGCAAGAGGUGAUUAA